ACGCGCGUGUAAUUUUAUAGAUUUUGCGAACCGAAGAAACAUUUUAAUAUUACAUUCCAUGCGAACAAAGUCACGGGCUAGAACAAAAUAAUAUAAUUAAGAUAAUAAAUAAAAGAAAAAAACGAUACAAUAAAAAAAACCUACAGAUAAAUUGAUAACAUCCUCCUUUCAGAAGUCAGUGAAUAAGCAAACCUCGAAUUAGUUAGUUAUCUUGUAGUCGUCUUAAAUUGUAGACGUGUACAAUGCGGUGUGGAAUAAUUGUUAUAAUUUUCGCAGUGCUCGCAAGUAGAAGUACAGAAUGUGCUCGGAUCCUCGGUUUGUUCCCUCACAUAGGCAAGAGCCAUUAUAUUGUCUUCCAGUCUCUUUUACAAGCGCUAGCAGACCGCGGCCAUGAUGUCACAACUGUCUCCUUCUUUCCGAUCAAAAAUCCACCACCGAACUACAAAGAUGUUAGCCUAGAAGGUAUUUCGGACUUAGGAUUGGAAGUAUUAGAUUUAUCUCUUUUUGAAUUCCCUCCAGUAUUCAUGAAGAUACCAGUUAUCAGUGUGUUACUGAAGGCUAAAGUCGAGAUAAAUAUGUUAGGUGACAUAGGUUUGGGUGUUUGCGAACAAUUAGUACAAUUACCAAGUUUAGCUGAAGUUAUGAAGAAAGAAUACGAUGUGAUACUCACGGAAAAUUUUGUAAGCGAUUGUAUGAUGGGACUUUUACACGUUUAUGGGAACAAAGCUCCUGUAAUCGGAUUAUCAUCAAGUACAUUCAUGGCUUGGGUACCUGAUAGGUACGGUGUGAAUGAUAAUCCAGCCUAUGUUCCCGUUAUCACGUGCCCAUAUUCGACCACAAUGAAUUUCAUACAACGAUUAGGGAACUUCAUCGUGAAUGUUUACUCAAAAUACUGGUUUUAUGAAUAUUUGCAAAAAGAAGAGCGAGCUAUAAUUGAGAAGCAUUUUAAUACUAAAAUUCCUGACUUGGAAGAGAUAUCAAGAAAUCGAUCUGUUCUUGUGUUAGUGAAUUCGGUACCUAUUUUGAACGGAGCCAAACCGACGGUGCCAUCCGUUAUAGAAGUCGGGGGGAUGCAUUUAGACCACACAAGGAAAGAGUUGCCAUCGUAUAUCGAGAAGUUCCUGAACGAGUCGGAACACGGAGUAAUUUUGCUAAGCUUCGGUUCUCUGAUCAAGACGUCCACCAUUCCCAAGUACAAGGAGGACAUGAUAGUGAACGCGCUGGGCAAGCUGAAGCAGCGGAUUAUCUGGAAGUUCGAGGGGAGUGGAGAAGAGGGUACGCUCACCGGCAACAUUCUCAGAGUCAAAUGGCUGCCUCAAUAUGAAUUACUACAACACAAGAAGGUAGUAGCGUUUAUCGCUCAUGGCGGUCUACUGGGGAUGACGGAGGCGGUCUCUGCUGGCAAGCCGAUGGUAGUGGUACCUUUCUUCGGAGACCAGCCCGCCAACGCUGCGGCGGCUGCUGAAGCCGGCUUUGCUACCGUCGUGCCUUACAUUGAACUUACUGAAGAAAAACUCAUCAAAGCAUUGGAGUUUGUGUUAAGCGCUGAAACUAGAUUGAAUGCGCGUCGCGUUUCGAGCAUAUGGCGCGACAGACAAGCAGACCCGCUAGAGACAGCGGUGUACUGGACUGAGAGAGUCAUACGCUGGGGUCACCAUGCGCAGCUACAUUCGCCCGCAAGAGACAUGCCUUUGUAUCAAAUCGCCUUACUAGACGUCAUCGCCACAUUAGCUGUCGCCAUUUUGAUUUUAUUGGCGAUAUCGUGGUAUAUUUUGUCUAAAGUCUUUCGACUUUUGUUUGGACGAGAAAGUAAAUUGAAAAUGCAAUAGGUUUAUAAUAAAAUAAUAGUGAGAGUUGCUUUAAUUUUGUUAUUGUAUAAUUUAAGCGGUAACAUGUGGUCUAGUUAAGUGAUUAUAGGCUUGACUAACAUAUUUAUUAUCUACAUUGAGUUUUUAUGUUUGUUUUAUCAUAUAUCGAGCAUCCAUUGAUGAAUGUAGAAUAACCCCAAAGAUACUUAUGGACUUAAUAUUUACAGAUAUUACUGCGAGUUUCUGAGACCAAAAUCUCCAUUUAAAACAUGCCGUUAACUGUUUUGUUAAAGGUUAUGACAGGGAUGACGAUA